GUUUACUUGUAUUCAUUGCGAGACAAAAGCAAAACAAACGAUUUUUUCUCUCGAAUAAUUUAACAAUUCUAUUUUUAUUUACACCAUAAAUUUAAAAGUAUUGAAGUGAGUUUUGCAACCUAAACAUAAAAAGUGCGCAAUAGUUUGAAAGCAUACGAGUAAAACAAAUAUUAGCUUAUAGAAACUUAAAAUUUCAAGUAUAAGUAAGGAGAAGGAAAAAAAGAAAUUACACCAACGAUAAAAUAUACAAAAAAUAGAGGUUAUUUAAAGACGAAACAGCUGGAGGCCGAAAACUAGGCGCAGUAAUGAGUAGUGGUAGUGCGAAUUCGGAACGCGCCACCACGGGACAAAAUUCGAAGACUGAUGGAAAUACUGUGGACCGAGUUAAUGGAUGGCUAUCGUUUAUUGUACCCAGCAUGCAGAGGAAAAUCACUAAACUAAACUAUGACUUAAUAGAGGAAUGUAAACGGUGUAAGGAAGACUCGAAUUUAACAAAAGGCAUACGCGAUGAACUUGAAAGCUACUGCCGUGACAUACGUCGGGAAGUCGUUAAGAAAAUGCGAAAUGGUUGCGCUCCACUCUUUAUCGCCUGCAAACGGGGUUGUGUGCCGAUUGCGGAAUACUUAGUCACUGUAUGUGAAGCAGAUAUUGAACAGCGCGGCUUAUAUGAGGUACCUGAAGAUCAUACCUUUCAUUAUGUUACGCCGCUUUGGUGCGCUGUAGUAUCUGGAAAAUUGCCGAUGGUCAAAUAUUUAAUACGCAUAGGCUGUGAUAUAAAUGCAACCUCAGAUUCAGGUUCAACGCCGGUACGCAGCGCUUGUUUUAUGACACAUGUCGAGAUCGUACAAUAUUUGGUCGAGGCUGGCGCAGAUAUCCAAAAACCCAACAUUAACGGUGGCACAUGUCUGAUCAAUUCCGUGCAAUCACCACAAUUAUGCUUAUAUUUAUUGAAAAAAGGCGCUGAUGUCAACGCCAAAGAUAUACAAGAGAAGACUGCCUUACAUUAUGCCAUACAGGAACAUAGAUUAGAAACUACCAAGUUAUUAUUGGAACAUGGAGCUGAUCCAUAUGUGAAAAGUCGCUACGGUGAUGAUGCCAUGCGCACCGCUUGCAUUAAAGGCGCAAGUCAAAUUUUCGAUUAUUUGAAAACACAUUUAGAGUACUCACCUAAACGCAUGGCCGAGGCUCACGAACUGAUUGGCUCCACAUAUUUGGAUGAACAUAAUGAAACUAGAGUGGCGAUACUUCAUUGGCGAUUGGCACAUCAUAUACGCGCUUCACAUACACCCUACCUUCAAAAACUCCCAAUGGUGCCACUGCGUCCAGCCUAUGGUAAUGCCAUUGAGUUUACAACACUUGAAGAGCUCGACAAUAUUGCUACCGAUGUGGAUGCAAUGCGUAUUCAAAGUUUGUUGAUAUGUGAGCGUAUACUUGGCUUAACGCACAAAGAUAUGCUCUUCCGUUUAACAUUUCGUGGCGCAUCAUAUGCGGAUUCCCUGCAACUACAACGCUGUAUCGAUUUGUGGCGCCUCUUGCUAGAAGUGCGUGUUACGCAUUUCUCAAUACUACAUUUCGAUACGUGUUAUGCCGCCCAAACAUUAGUACGUCUAAUGAUCGAUUUGCAUGAACGUUAUUUGCGUAAUGUCGAGCUAGAACACCGCGAAGUAGACAUACGUGAAUUCUUUGGCGAAGAAUUUGAGGAUGAUGCGGGAAAAGAUGAACAUUUGCCAGUUUUCGAAGAUGUAAUUGGUGUUUUCCGCCUACUAAGUGGUACCGUAGCCGAGGCACAACAGCUGUUGCAGAUACGGCCGGUGUAUCGUAAACAGCAAGAGAAUUUCGAUCGCAUAUUAAAAUGCAUAGCGCAUUUGAUUUACCUUUUAAUUGGUACUUCGGAUAAAGCUGACAAAAGAAAAGAUGUCUAUUAUGCUGUCUACGAUUUGGUGCAUACAAGGGUUCGUAGCGCAUGCACUUACGAUACGUUGCUGCAUUUGUGCGUGUCGCGAUUGAAUGUCAUUAAGAGCGGUUACUUAAGCGAUGAGAACCACUUAAACAUUGUAUUUCCCAACGAUAUGGUUGUUAAACUAUUACUAGAUUGCGGUAUGAAUGUAAAUGCUAAAAACGAGGCCAAAUCAACGGCCUUACAUGUUGCUGUACAACCCUAUAAUUAUAGCAAUAGAAUAAUACAUUUAUUAUUGGAAAGGGGUGCGGACUUGGAUCAACCGAAUAAAUCAGACGAACGCCCAUUUAACUUAAUCGCCAGCAAUCCCAUCAAUACAAUACCGUUAAUCAAUUACAUGAAUCUCAAGUGUAUGGCUGCAACUGUAAUAAGUAAAUAUAAAAUCCCUUAUCGCAAUCAAUUACCGAAAUUGCUCGAGCAAUUUGUCAGACAACAUGAACCUUGAAAAAAUACGUAAAUGCCAAAAGCAUACAUAGGUCUGAAUGUAAACAUUUUUCAAACGUAUUUACCUACCUAAUAUUAUAAAAAAAAAUAAUAAUAUUAACAAACCAUAAAUGUGCAUAUAUACAGACUUCAAUAAUAUGGAAAUAUAAGUGACCAAAUUAAAAAAAAAAAGAAAAUAAUCAAAGAAAGUAUGCUAAAACUCACAUUCAAUGUUCGAAAACAAUAAUCCCUUAGACUGACUAGUUUAACGAACUUUAAAAAGCCGUUGUGUAACGAAUUUCCUUACACCUCAAUUUACAGAUAUUUUAAUGUUGCGUUAUUUUUUAAAUUACUCAUCCACAAUACAUCAUAUCAAUAUAAAAUCUACAGCGGCGCACACAACUAUAAGUGUGCAACUUUGCAUUGCAGUUACCCAAAAAAAAAAUUUAGAUCGAAUUUUCGGUUAUUGUUUUCGAACAUAGUCAUGAAUAAUACUAUGAAUAAGCUGAUCACAAAUAUACAUUAUACAAGGUUAUAUUCCUAAUUAUAAUGACAGAAAUUUCCCCUAAGUUGUAAAUGUAAAACUUGAAUAACAAAUAGUGUAAGCGCAAAGUAGUGGAACUUCCCUACUGUAGUAUAUACAUACAUACUGACAUAUAAUAAUUCGAGUUCUAAAAUACUUAUUACAAAACAAUUUAUUUACAAUUAUAUCCGUUGAGUUCAACGAUAGAACUUAGCAUACGAAUAAUACGAUACGAUAAAAAUCUGUUAUAUUAUACAAACAUACAUAUGAAUAUGUAUACGAGUAUAUGUAUGAUAUUUGACUCUCAUGAGCUUAUAAGAAAUAGUUACAUAAAUAGUAUAAAAAAAUACUACAUUACAUACUUAACUACAUACAUGCAUAUACACAGUAUCUUUUAAUAUACAAUACUAUAAAUGAGAAUACAUACAUACGUACAACA